CACAAUUCCUCCAGGGCUCUUCAUUAUAUUAGUACAGUUUUUAAUUUUAGUCUUACGGAAGCGAUUGACACUUCAUCCAAUAUUUACAUUCGUUAUCAAUCUUUUACCUUACUCUUAUUGCUAUGAUACAGUAGCAUUCCUCACCAAUCAGUAUAUGAAUUUAAAUAUAAUUCCGAAGGUUAGGAUGGUACCACCUGGGACAACCAUACACGGGAGAACACUUUACGCUAAUUUACCGGUGCAAAAUGUAUUUCCUCUUUAUUUCAUCAGAAAACAAUAUACAGUUUGAAUUACAGGAAGUCACGUGUGAUUGUGAUAAAAACAAAAUCAUUGUGCACUGAUAUAUAUACUGGUGGCCGCUUGUAAAGGAAGCUUAUCCUAACUGAUGCCAACACAUAAAUGAAGAAGAUAUACAUACUGCUGAAUGGCAAUGGCCGAAAAUUUCUAACGUGACCUGUCAUCAAUCCUUGUCGGAUUUGUCUGGUGGUGACGUGUAGAGAUUGACGCAGACUCCAUGUACCAUAAUUGAUACACAGGUCGGGGUUGCAAAUAAUGAGGAUCGUGAUGCAACCAAUAUCAGUAUCAUUGUCAGAAGUAGUUACCUGUUGACGAUAUGCUAAAUCAUACCAUGAAAACACAUCAAGGUCGAAACUGAACGAACUAGACAGUAUAGCUAUAGUACUACGUCAUUUUCAAGUAAAACCCAGUAUAAAAUUCUCUUCUCUAUAGCUGAUUCUAAGUUCAUGGCCAAAUUUGUAUGACUUCGUCCUAUAAAUCGAUACAGUAUACAUAAAUCAUACCAUAUGUCAGUAGCUGUUACUUGUAGCAAAACUAAAAAAUGUCUAUGUAUAUACAUACAAAUAUCAAAUCACAUCGAAAGCGAUUUUUCAUGCAUGGAAUUUUCCAAAAUCUGACCAAUCAAUGAUUCCAGGAAAAAACCUGUUUAUCCAUAAACGAUAUCCAACAUGGGAAUAAAGCUUAUAUAUAACGAUCAUGACGAUUGAAAGGUCGUCAUAAAAAUCUAUGAUUAUUUAUACAUCCGUGACAGUAAAAUCAAGCUGAUCGUUGUCGCAAAUUUACGCUCUUGCGGCUUCCUCUAAAAACUGCAUCGAAUUCGUUUCUAUGAAAACUUUCACGAAAGCGCAAAUCAUUCGCAAUUCACAAAGUCGGUUUCGUGUCUCGUUAAAAUUUGUCACUGUUUAACCUCAGAAAAUAAUUGUAUCACUAGCGACAAACGUAAGUCACAAGUAGGAAAGUAUGCGAGAUAGUAAUAAAAUAAGUUGCCCCGUAACAAAUCGAUCGUGGGAAAUAUAAAUAUAACUUCCUUACACCUAUCAGUAAUAUUUCUUACAGCCGUUAAGCAGCGCCUAAUCGCGAGGUGUCAGGCACUUCACGAAAGAGCGCACGCGAUUGUUUCGCCUUGCGUUACAAAUGCAGUGGUUUUUCCGAACGACAAAUAAAAGUCAUUCAUACAAAAAUUAUAUGUAACACAAUCGAUACGAUAAACAUGAAAAAGUAUGAUAAUGAGAGAUGUGAAAUGUUGGCUGUGAUGAAAUAAUAAAAUUACAAAAAAAUUUUCCUGUCAGGAUGUCCACCCAGCAGCCGAUAUUAUACGAUAAUGAUUGUCUCUUAAUUUCAGGUAUAAAAAACGUUACGUGAUUCUUAACAUUUCCAAUAUACAAAUUUCACUCUUUCCACAAACGUACGAAGUUGAUUCGAUCUAAAAUAUCUAGGUUAACUCCACAUGGUGCAGUUGGGUCUGCUCGGAAUAUUCCUCUACCAACGUAUUCCUCAAAGGCAACGAAAGUAACUUGGAAUGUUUUCGUCCUCGUUGUUAGUACGGACAAUGGUAAAGGUCGUAUCAACUGGAUGGCAUUUGUAGAGGCUAAUGACGGUUUAGCGAGAAAAUACAUAAUGUAUCGGAACGCGAAAGGCGCAGGAUGGGCAUCGUCGAGAAGGGCAAGUAGUAGUUGUGAAGUACGCGUUCUUCGAGAAGUGAUGGUACAUUGCUAUUUCACUCGGUAUGCUCCUAGAACAAUUGACAACUGGUAGCUGAUUGGUCGACGUUCUACAAUGCUGCGUUCUCAUUGGCUGAAUUAUCCUCAUUCGUUGGCUGCUGAUUGGCUCUCUGGAAGGUUGCUCGGCUGGCUGGCACGGACAGGUACCAAAUGCCACAAGGUCACGACUCUCGACUCACGCAACAGAACGAGCUGCGCGGAUCCAGCUAUCCUAUUGUGAAUAUAUAUGGAUGUAUGGUAAAGAAACUGACUGCUUACGAAUAUUGGUUUUGUGCUGCCUCAGAAGUUUUGCCGAAGAUGUUUGUCUCACCGAAGGAUACGUGGGGGGUUUUAUGCAUUGUCGUUGCAUUGGGAGCUAUUGCCAGUGUUAGUGUAGCACUCAAAAUUUAUAACAGUGUCACAAAAGAAAGGAGCAAAAAUAAAACUCCUUUGACAUUGCUGGAUCCAACAGUUAAAUAUACAUUGCCAUUAUUAGAAAAAGAGAUUGUAAGCCAUGAUACUCGACGAUUUCGAUUUGCCCUGCCAUCACCAAAUCAUGUACUGGGAUUGCCACCUGGUCAGCAUGUAUAUGUUUCGGCACAUAUUGGAGAACUUGUAACACGUGCCUAUUCGCCUGUUUCAAGUGACAAUGAUCAUGGUUUUGUCGAUAUAAUAGUAAAGGUGUAUUUUAAAAAUACCGAUCCAAAGUUUCCUCAAGGAGGUAAAAUGUCUCAGUACCUGAAUAAUCUUAAAAUUGGAGACACUUUAGAUUUUCGGGGACCUGCUGGUCGCUUGGUGUAUGAAGGCUGUGGAAACAUUAAAAUAAAGAACUUUAGAAAGGAACCAAUAAUACAUCACCAUGUGAAGAAGAUGGUAAUGAUAGCUGGUGGUUCAGGAAUUACUCCAAUACUGCGAAUUAUUCGCCAUGUAUUAGAUCACCCUGAGGAUAAUACACACAUGAAUUUAAUUUAUGCAAAUCGUACAGAGAAAGAUAUAUUAUUAAGAAAUGAAUUGGAUAAUGCUGCCAAAGAACACUGUGAUCAGUUUACAGUAUGGUACACACUUAGUAAUCCUGAUAAAGAUUGGGCGUACAGUACUGGUCAUAUUAAUGCCAAUAUGAUACAGGAACAUUCCUUUCCUCCAUCUUCCGAUACAAUUAUCCUUAUGUGUGGACCAGGUCCAAUGAUUAAUCUGGCAUGUAGUCCUAAUUUUGACAAACUAGGGUAUGAUUCUAAACUGCGAUUCAUUUUCUAAGUUAUUGAUAAUGUAUUUUUCUAAAUGUCAUCUCCGAUUACCAAUACUCAUGCCAUUGUCAUUUGAUUACAGUGUUUAACCCUUCUGUUUGAAAGUAUUGAAAAGGUAUAUUAAUAUAUUAAAUGCUCAUCAAGUUAAAUUUAUUAAACAAAUACUAAUUCUGUAUUUCGAUAAAGUCAAAAGUAUUAAUUUUAUAUACUAUAUAUAUAUCUUUGUAUACACAAUGCAGUAAUGUAUAGACUUAUGUUUAAAUGAAUCGAUUAACGAAAAAUAAAUAUUCUAAUUAUUUAAAUUUAACUUGAAGUUUCGCGCGAAAAAUUAUAUUAACUAAUUAUUUUAUCACCAUUGCUAUAUUUCCGGAUUUUAUUCAAAAGGGUCAUUCAUGUGUGGUUAUAUGAAUGCAAUAAAACAGCGAUAAAUAUAAAAAAAUUUCUGUUUUCAAUAAAUUAGUAAAAGCAUAA